AUGAACGCUGACUUCGUAAGCGGCGACGCCUCAAUCCCAACCUCCUCCUCCGCUACCACCUCAAUCGACUACCACUCACCCAUUGGCUUCACCGUACUCGUCUCCGUCGUCGCUCUCUUCAUCAUCUGUUCCUUCGUCGUCUUCGCUCAAAACUGUUUUGCCAACCAACACCAUGACCAAGCAACCACGACGCCCGCUUACCCGCGAGUCCUCAGCGUAGCUGUGCCACCACUGCCGGGGCUGGAUGCGGCUGCGGUGGCAGCGCUGCCGGUUGUGAGAUACAAUGGCGGCGGCGGCGAGGGGUGUGCUGUGUGCUUGGUGGAGUACGGUGUGAAAGAGAUGGUGAAAGUGAUUCCUGGGUGCGGACAUGGGUUUCAUUCGGAGUGCAUCGACACGUGGUUGAUUAGGAGGGGAUCGUGUCCCGUUUGUCGGUGCUCGGAGCUGCGGGGGCCGUCGAGCGGUGAGGUUUGUGUGGGUGUGUUUGGGUCCGGUGAAGGAAAUCUGUGUGGGAAGACGAGUAUGAGUUGCGACCGUUGUUGUUCUAAGGCGGAGGCGGGUGGGAGUCCGGGUGAGAUGUUCCUGCGGCGCACUUGUAGCGUUUGAGAAUAA